UCAUCUUUGUCAUUGAUACAGUCUUAAUUCGGAACAAACAAAUUUCCCGCCUGAAAUUGAGCCAGCUGCGUUCAGUCAGUGACGUCGUUGUCGAUCUCCGAGUGUGAAGUGCGAACAGUGGAAAACGCCAGAAACAUAAUUUCACAGUUUAUUGAAUGAAACGUGCGCGUUACUAAAUAGUUUAAUUUUUAUUUAAACAAAACUAUUAAACAAAAAUAAUGGCCCCAGUUGUCGAGAAAGAAAACCUUCACAGCGGCUUGGAAAAUGUGCACAUCAAGUCUCCAGUCAAGAACAAUGUAUUGGCUGUACGAAAUGAGAAUGUAAAUGAGGAUAAAAUGGAGGUUGAAAAGGAAGAGAAAGCUCCAGCAUUCGACCCUCAGUUGGAACCCCUGCUGCGUGAGAAUCCUCGGCGCUUUGUUAUCUUCCCGAUCCAGUACCCGGACAUCUGGCAGAUGUACAAGAAGGCGGAGGCUUCCUUCUGGACCGUGGAGGAAGUGGACUUGUCAAAAGAUUUAUCAGACUGGGAGUCACUGAAGGAUAGUGAAAGGCAUUUCAUCAAGCACGUCCUGGCAUUCUUCGCUGCAUCAGACGGCAUCGUCAAUGAGAACCUUGUGGAGCGCUUCUCUCAGGAGGUGCAGGUGACGGAGGCCCGGUGCUUCUACGGUUUCCAGAUUGCUAUGGAGAAUGUACACUCUGAAAUGUACUCUCUGCUUAUUGACACAUACAUCAGAGAUCCCAACGAGAGGGAUUUCUUGUUCAACGCAAUUGAGACGCUCCCUUGUGUGAAGAAGAAGGCAGACUGGGCGCUGCAGUGGAUCGCGAGCAAGAGCGCGACGUUCGGCGAGCGCAUCGUGGCGUUCGCCGCGGUUGAAGGGAUCUUCUUCUCCGGCAGUUUCGCUUCCAUCUUCUGGAUGAAGAAACGCGGUCUCAUGCCUGGACUUACGUUCAGCAACGAACUUAUCUCCAGAGACGAGGGCCUCCACACAGACUUCGCGUGUCUGAUGUUCAAGCACCUGGUGCAGAAGCCGAGCAAGGAGUUGGUCCUCUCCAUCAUCAAGGACGCUGUCGUCAUCGAGCAGGAGUUCCUCACGGACGCGCUGCCAGUCCGCCUGCUCGGCAUGAACUGUGACCUCAUGUCAGAAUACAUAGAGUUCGUUGCCGAUAGGCUGCUCGUUGACCUUAUUGGGGAAAAGCACUACAACACAAAGAACCCAUUUGACUUCAUGAACCUCAUCUCUUUGGAAGGCAAGACCAACUUCUUCGAGAAGAAGGUGGGAGAGUACCAGAAGUACGGCGUUAUGGCCAACCACAUGGACAAUGUCUUCACGUUAGACGCUGAGUUUUGAACUGACUCACUACUAUUUCUGACAUACAGUAUUAUUUAUUCGCAAUAUUCUCUACUGACACAAGAUCCUUUAGGUUGCGUAAUCUAAACAAUUUAUGAAUUGCAAUAAUUCAAGUAUGCUUAUUGACAUUUAGUAUCUACUUCUGACCUUGAAAUUCUGAUCUGACCCAUUCCAUUUGACUACGCAGCUUACAGGUCGUUAUGCAAUGUAUAACCAUCACAACUAUGUCGAAUACUGAGAACAAUUUAAUAGUUUUAGUUUAGUCCGAUAGCAGUAAAAUAGUACCGUCCUUCACUUACGACGAGUGUAAGACAGAGACGGAACUAGUUAUACAACUGAAACUAAAUAUUCCCUUGAUGUUCUGUAGUUUGUAUUGAACGUAAGAACCGGUAGACCCGGUCGAUUGAAUAGGAUAAAUGUUGAGGAACAAGUGGCCUUUUAGACAAUUAUUACUGUCUUCAGAAGAAGAAAAAAAUAUCUUUUUUUUACCAAAAAAUCUUUAGAUAUUUGGCUCCAUAGCAAUAAAUGUAAAAAUAGAUAUUAAAUAUGUAUACCGAGGUAGAUAUGUUACUCAGCGGGGUCUGCACGGCAGCCCCGCCGCGCUUAGUGUGAGUUAUAUCAAGUGCUUUGACCAAUAGACGCAGCGAAUGCUACCUACGGUAGAUAUACGUCGUACGGCCAUUGGUCGAAGCCCUGGAUGUGAUUCGCGCUGCGAGGUAGUCGUGCCGCGAAAGCUGCUCUUGUUUUUGAAGACUCGUUUAUUAGUCAACUGUCUUAUAUUACAAACAGUUUGCCUUUAGAUAUUAAGCUUUAUCUAGAUGUAAUUGAGAGGCGCUUAGUUUACUUUUGUAGCUAGAGGUGAAUCGUCAAUGUACGAAGUGUUACGAUUGAUCUGUGAUUACAAGAGAAGCGCUAGUAAUAGAUAUCCUUUAACAUUUUAAGAAUGAAUUGUGUACCUAAUUAAGAAUAAUAUAUGAUAUUCUGGAUGUCCAUCGAUAAGUUAGCUAAUGUCAACUUACGGGGUUGAGUAAUCAUUGCUUAGAUGAUUAAAUUAAUAAUUUUGUGUGAUAUAAUUUUAGUAACAUUUCCAAAAUUUUCUAAUUAAAUUACCUAUUUUGCAGAA